AUUGUUACUCACCUGCUUCUUUUACUUACUUCCGACUUAGAAGCAGUGCAAAUGAUUCUGACAUUGUAACGUACGUAUCGAUGGUCAUUUGGAGUAAGUUAAUGCCGUUUACGUUAUUCUUACGCGACACGGCAACCGCGGAUGCUUUAUUUUCUGAAGCUUAUGCCAGCAUCGAUCAAGGAUUAUGUUAUGAAGAGGAUGGCGAUAAAGAAAAUGCAGUGUCGCUCUACCAUCGAGGACUCAAUCUUAUCACGGAAGGAGAGAAAGCCAAAAAUGCGAAGAAGAGCGAGUUGUACAAAAAUAUGAUGGAGGCGAAACCAAGCGUUACGCAUCGAGUGCAAGUGUUGGAGAAGGAAAUUGCUGAGGCUGGCCCUUCGAAGGAAAAAGAAAUGCUCAGGCAAAAGGAAUACGAUGAAGUAAAAGUUGAACUCCGCGAACACUUGGAGAAAGUGGGUGAUGCUGAAGCCGAUGUUAUCUUCUCAAUACCUGACGGUGUUCAGUUAUUCACUAUUGAUGGCGAGAAGACCACGACUCCAACCCAUCCAACAUCUUUACAAAUACUGCGUUUCACCAAGAACAAAUCUAAAAGUGGCGAGAUCGACAUACCUAGAGCUGAUCAGCCAUCGGCGCUUAUUCAGGUCGGACCAUGGGUUUAUCCCUUAGUUACCGGACAGACUCCAAUACUGCGCAACGACUUUGGAGCUUAUGUUGUUUCUAAUCCAACACCAGAUAAUCCAGGACUGGCUGUCGCCAUUGUGCUGCCAUCUGAUGGAGGUGAGAAGCUGGAUGAAGAGUUUCGCCAGGUCUUAAAUAGCUUUGCCGUACUUCGAGAACAGAAUGUAAAGAAGGAUUUCUCUGAAGCUGAAAAGAGCCGUAUCAGCAAGAAGAUUGCACAGCUUUUGAUAACUGGUGGCGAAAAAAUCGCCUGGGGUGUAGAGACCACAGCUGUCAAAGUUACAUCGUAUAUAGACGAGAGAGGAGAAAGAAUGCGAGCCGGAAUGGAACCUUCAGAAAAGCCUGUUUAUAUAAAUCCAGCUCUCAAGGGUAGCCUUCUGUAUAUGCACAAAGGAUCGAAAGUAGUGGCGAAAUGCACGAAAUAUUUGCUGGACAAGGUUGGAGACAUGGGUAUAUCUAUUGGACGAACCGUCGCCACUGGUAUAGAGAAAACUCUUGGCGGCCAAGGAAAUGGGGAAGGAGUCGUAUCUGGAACAAUAUCUAUACUCGGGGGAGGUAUCACCGGUAUCAGUACGGUAUGGAUGGCUCUAGAGAAUAACAGCCGUGUUCUUUGUCGUAAUAUUGCUGAUCAAACAGUACAGACUGUCAAGUUAAAGUACGGUGAUGAUGCAUCUCAAGUAACUGAGCAUGCUUUGCAUACUGCUGGCCAUGGAUCAUUAGCCGCUGCACAGCUAUGGGAUCUAGGUCCUCGCAGUGUUGCUGGUCGCAUGGCGCGCCGUGCUGGAGUACAGAUGGUAAAGGACCUGCAUGAGUAUCGACUUGGAGAAGAUCUAGUGGUGAAGACAAAUUCGCGUUAUUUGUGAAAUUUAGUCAAUACGAAAAUACUUUAUUAUGUAACUAUACCUUCUGGAAUAAUAAUUGUUACUUGUUCAGAGCUUGAAGUUUACUUUCAAAAAUAAUGAGAUUAUCCAGUGUAUUUCGCAUAAAAUUGGGGGCCGGUUCUAGUCUUGUCAUAAUUCCACAACGAUCUUCCUUCUCGUUUUUUUUGCUCUAUUAUUCACUCAGUAAUCGCUCAUAAAACUAUAUGUGCACUUCACCUUGCCAGUCAUAAUUCAAUAGUAUUGCAACGAGUUGUUAUGAUAGUCCCAGUGUACAGAAGUUUUUUUUUUGUGAUAAGUAUUCGAUAGAUUGUAUUAUUGUUGAAAAU